AUGACUACAGCAGUUGGCUUCGGUAGCUACCAGCAGCAGCACACGGGGAGAAUUGCAGUGUUAUAAACAAAUGCACAUUGCACGUAUUUCGAAUGAGGAUUGUCGAAACAGGAUAAUGUGUCCAGUCACCACGUUGAGCAUCUAGUAUAGGUGCUUACUAGAAGACUGUUUGUCCUUUCGAGGCAGAAGAAUAUCUUAAAAGGAUUACGAGGACAGUGACAUUUAUUUUGAAGCUCGUCUGUUGUUACCUUAUGUAUUGCGAUUAAAAUAAAACGAAGACAUGACGGAGCUAAGAAGGCGAGGAGGUGGCGGAGACCCCGACAGUACAGAUAACACCAGUGACAAGGAGGCUGAUGGCGAGGACAGGCUGGGCCUGGCGGGGGACACGGAGGGAGACUGUGAGGGAGACUCUAAAGGAGACUCUCAGGACGUUCCGCCCCCGACAGACAACACUCCUCAGUGUCUCAACAAGGCUCUGGAGGGGCUGCCGCCCAGAUGGAAGAAUUAUUGGAUACGAGGGGUGUUGUCGUUAGCGAUGAUAACUGGCUUCUUCCUUAUCAUCUACCUAGGACCUAUAAUGCUUAUAUUUGUGGUGAUGAGCAUCCAGAUCAAGUGUUUCCAGGAGAUCAUCACCAUCGGUUACAGAGUCUACCGCUCCUACGAGCUGCCCUGGUUCAGGACCCUCAGCUGGUACUUCCUGGUGUGUGUGAACUACUUCUUCUAUGGGGAGACGGUGGCAGACUACUUUGGGGCGCUGGUGCAGAGAGAGGAGCCGCUGCAGUUCCUGGUGCGCUACCAUCGCUUCAUCUCCUUCGCCAUGUACCUAGGAGGUUUCUGCAUGUUCGUUCUGAGUCUAGUGAAGAAGCAAUAUCGGCUGCAGUUCUACAUGUUUGCUUGGACCCACGUGACCUUGCUGAUUGUGGUAACUCAGUCCCACCUUGUCAUUCAGAACCUGUUUGAAGGGAUGAUAUGGUUUAUAGUCCCCAUCUCCAUAGUGAUCUGUAAUGACAUCAUGGCCUACCUGUUUGGAUUCUUCUUUGGUAGAACUCCGCUGAUUAAGCUCUCUCCCAAGAAGACGUGGGAGGGAUUCAUCGGAGGCUUCUUCGCCACAGUGGUGUUUGGGUUCCUUCUGUCGUAUCUCCUGGCUCAGUUCCAGUACUUUGUGUGUCCGGUGGAGUACAACAGCGAGACCAACAGGUUUGCGGUGGACUGCCAGCCCUCAGACAUCUUCGUGAUUCAGGAGUACACCCUCCCUGUCGUGAUUCAGAACAUCCUGGGAUGGGAGACGGUGCAGCUGUACCCGUACCAGAUCCACAGCGUGGCACUGUCCUCCUUCGGCUCGCUCAUCGGCCCGUUCGGGGGCUUCUUCGCCAGCGGCUUCAAACGGGCCUUCAAGAUCAAGGACUUUGCUGACACCAUCCCUGGUCACGGAGGAAUCAUGGACCGCUUCGACUGCCAGUAUCUGAUGGCCACGUUCACGCAUGUUUACAUAGGCAGCUUCAUCAGAGGGCCCAACCCCAGCAAGGUGUUGCAGCAGCUGCUGGUGUUGCAGCCUGCACAGCAGCUGAACAUCUUCAACACGCUGCGCUCUCACCUGAGAGACAGCGGCAUGCUGCCCCCUGCUGUCCUGGAGACCCAGUAAACAUCCUCUGUGCGUGUGUGUGUGUGCGAGCGCACGAGCAGAGUGCGUGUGUGAGUGAUCAGACGCAUGUUUGAUCUUUGUCCUCUUCCGGGAAUCCAUCACCAACACACCUACUUAUCUUGUCUGGUUUCGUAUUUUCCUCCAAGCAUCAUUACUGUGAACUAAGAACCAAGGUGUCACUUUAUCAGAAGUCAGUCGCUUCAGCCUGGACUUGCAUGACACACACACACAUUCAGAAUCACAAUAACAAAACAACUAUACAAUUGUCAUGCUUAACAAACUGACAGCACCUUUUCUAAAGACACUGGCACUGAAGAAGAUAAGAAAAAAAACGAAAAAAAAAACGUCUUCGCUAACAAAAUGGAUUCAAGCACACGAUUUAUUAUCAACGCUGGGGCUGUAACCAGGGCGUUUCCAU